GUUAGAAAAAUAUAUAGUCAUUAUCAUUUCCAUUACAAUUUAUACGCUGCUGUCCAUAAGAGCUCUGGAAUUUCAAAUGUUGUUUUGAUUCCAUUGAAUGCAAUGUACUUUCACCCGUUCUUCUUCAAAAUCACUCAUUUCACAUCUUCCCCUCUCACAGGUUUGUAUCACCAUGGCAUCAGCCUGGAUAACAAUGUUUGCCACGCUGCUGCUGGCUUUUGUGAACGGAACGAAAGAUGAGGUUCACACGUCUCCAUCUGUGCGGGUACACACUUCCACCCCUGUGGUGGCCUUGGGGUCACCGGUGACUGCCUCUUGCAUCAUCAGAGAUGACUGCCCACUCAUAAAGGGGGCAGUCUGGCACCUCAACCACAUUGUUUGGCACCUCAACCAACGCCUUAUUCCCAGCAGUCCUGCAGCAGCCAAUGAGAGUGGUAGAACCUCUGCAGCGGCCAAUGAAAGUGGCUGGAUCUCUACCGUUUUAUAUUCUGUGGCCAAUCAGAGUGGCUGGAACUCAACAGUGUUUAUACCUAGCUUCACAGACACCAAGGGAUAUCUCACGUGCUGUGUCCUCCACACCUUCCCGUGUCAGAUCGUAGGAGCAGUGGAGAUAAGAGCUGGAUUUCCACCCACAGCACCACAGAACCUUAGCUGCCUGACUAACCUGACCAAGCCGGAAACCCUCUCAUGCCAAUGGGACCCAGGACAGGACACCCACCUGCCCACACAGUACACUCUCUACACUGAGAUCAGGGACUUACCAGAGAGCAACACGUACAUGCUGCCGCCAGGGGUACAUCGCUACAAGAUACCACGGACCGGCUUUGUUCUCUUCUCAGAGAUAGAAAUAUAUGUCAAGGCGGUGAACGCCUUGGGUCAAGCCACCUCAACACCUUUGCUUCUGGAGCCAAUGGAGUCAGCCAAGUUUGACCCUCCAAAGGUUCUGAAGGUCCAAGCAGAGCCAAACAGGUAUGGCUGCCUAAGGCUCAGCUGGGGUCUCUCUGAACAGCAAGCGUGGGUGACCACUGUGACCUUGGAGGUGCGACUGAAAACAGCAAACAGCAAGCAGUGGAGUGAAGAACCAGUCCCAGUGCAACGCUUAAUGCGCCAGAGACCCAUGGAGGUGUGUCGUCUGCUCCACGGGACAGAGUACCACAUCCAGAUACGGGUCAGGUAUCAACAGAGUCCAUGGAGCGAAUGGAGUAACAGCAAUACUGCAGUCACGCUUGAGAGGGCUCCCUCCGGAAGACUCAACUCUUGGAUGACGGUAUCUAGGGAGCAGAAGCAUAAGUCUCUCAGUCUACACUUGUUUUGGAAGCCAUCGAAGCAGUUUCGUGCCAAUGGCAAGAUCCUGUCCUAUGUUGUCUCGCGCCAGAGACAACCCCUGAAAAAGGGACAGCUGUGCAUCACAUUGGAUAACCACUGUGUUUUCCAGCUUCCCAGGGGCGCAAGGAAAGUGUUCCUAAGCGCUGGGAAUGCUGCAGGGACAUCCAGCCCUACUGAGGUGGAGGUGUUUCAACACAGAGCUCUGGCAGCGGUCUCUGACGUCAAUGUCCUUCCUCAUGAUGAGAGAUCUCUACUGGUCCAGUGGACAAGCAUACAUUCAUCCAGUGUCACAGGCUAUGUGGUGGUGUGGAGACCAUUGUGGAAAAUGGACCCUUCCCUCAUCUUGUUUGACCACAUUGACAGGAAUCAAUCCAGCACUCUAAUAUCAGAGAGCAUCGAGCCAUACAAUCCCUAUGAGAUCUCUGUGUAUCCAAAGUAUAAGGACGGGAUUGGCCUUCCUCAAACCGUCGAGGCGUACUCUAGACAAAAGGCCCCAUCUGCCGCCCCAGAUCUGAGGGUGAGGGAGAUUUUGCAUUCUCGUAUUGAGCUUACUUGGGAGGAGAUUCCACUAUGCCAGAGGAAUGGGAUCGUGCAGAGCUACCAGAUCUUCUACUGGGAUGAGCAGGGAAACACCAAAGUUGUGACUGCUGAGCUGGAAAAGAGGAGGGUGGUUCUACGAGAGCUCGACCGUUCAUCCUCAUACAAAGCCUUUAUUAUGGUUAGCACAGGUGGCGGGAGUCUGAACGGAUCAGAGGUUACACUCAAAACUGAACCAAUGGACGACUUGGCUAUCAUCUUGAUAGUUAUUUCCUCUGGUGUUGGGCUGUCAUUGCUUAUCAUUAUCUCAGUUCUGGUCUGCUUCUCAACACAUGAACGGUUGAAGAUGUGCUUUUGGCCCAAGAUUCCCGACCCUGCCAACAGCAGCAUCAAGAGGUGGAACACAUUGGAUUCAAUGCAGGAUACUCCCCCUGUUGAGGACAUGCAGGAAUCCAGCCUGGUCUAUCUCUCAAAUCUCAGCCUCCUGGACCUGCCCAAGAAGGGUCUCGAGAAGAGGGGUGGCGAGAUCACCGAUGACCCCUGGUGCCGCUGCAGUGACACCAGUGACCUGGGCGAGUCCAUAUGUGGCUCCCCCCAUGCCCUCAGCCCUAGCUACAUAGGGUCACACCAACACUCUGUUCCGUAUGCCACUGUGGUCUUUGAUAGCCCGUACUCAAUUCAGCCACCAAGCCAAUCCCAUGCCUACCUGCGCUCAGAGUCCACACAGCCACUCCUGGAGGAGGACCUCGAGGAGCCCUCUAGCCCAAAGGAGUACCAGAAUGUUCCCGUCCAUGGGACAUCUGGGGAGCAAGUUUCCUUUAGAGAAUGCCUGAAUGACGGCCCAGGAAGGGGAGAGUUAUGCAUUCUUUGGGAUGACUUUCCCUUGCUUAGGGCUUUGGCAAUGAAUGAUGUUCGAAGUCAAACCUAAUCAGUGGUAUUGAGAUUUUGAAAUGUAUGCAAGUAUUGUGAGAUGUAUGUCACAGAAUGUCAACACCAAUGAUGUUUUCAAGACAGGGACAACAUGAUUAUCCAGUUUGUGAAUGUUAGUGCUACAAAAAAGUGCACUGAAAAAUAACAAUUAAUAAAGUUCAUGUGUGUUCAUGUUGAUCAAUAUUUUGUCUCUUCUGGUCUGAGGUAAAUCAUAAAAUAAAUAUCUGAUCAAUACAUACAA